UUUGUGUUGCUGCUGCUGUCAGAGUCUGGGUGAUUGUGGUGCAGCCGCAUGGACAUCUCGCUGUAUGACCCGGCCAGCCUGCCGGACCUGCUGAAGCUCUACUACAAGAAGCUCUUCCCCUACUACCAGUACUACAGAUGGCUCAACUACGGGGGCGUCGUGAAGAACUACUUCCCAAACAGGGAAUUCAGCUUCACCUUGAAGGAUGACAUAUACGUGCGAUAUCAGUCCUUCAAUAACAUGAAUGAGCUUGAGAAGGAGAUGCAGAAGAUGAAUCCCUACAAAAUAGACAUAGGCGCAGUGUAUUCGCACAAGCCCAGCAUGCACAACUCUGUCAAGUCAGGAACAUUUCAAGCUCAGGAAAAGGAACUGGUGUUUGAUAUCGAUAUGACCGAUUAUGACGAUGUUCGGAGAUGCUGCAGUUCUGCAGAUAUUUGCAAUAAAUGCUGGACCUUGAUGACCAUUGCCAUCCGAAUCCUGGAUCGAGCCCUCCUUGAGGACUUUGGCUUUCAUUACCGACUAUGGGUUUACUCGGGUAGGAGAGGAGUUCACUGCUGGGUGUGUGAUGAGUCGGCAAGAAAACUCUCUCAGGCGGAAAGAUCAGCGGUGGCAGAAUAUUUAACUGUAGUAAAGGGAGGAGAAGAAACAAUAAAGAAAGUACAUCUCUCUGAUCCAAUUCAUCCGUUCUUAAGGAAAUCCAUUAAGGUUAUUGAGAGAUACUUUGAACCAUAUGCAUUGGUGGGUCAGGACAUCCUGGACAGUAAGCAGAGCUGGGACAAAGUGUUGUCACUUACUCCAGAAGCAGCGCGAGAGACUCUGCUGCAUGACUUCCAGAAAGCACGAUCUUCUGUAGAUCGCUGGGAGAGGCUAAAGAAAAGUUUAAAUAAUCUGGAUCUUAAAAAAGGUGCACAUUCAGCGGAGGAAAUUAUGUUACAAUAUUGCUAUCCCCGCUUGGAUAUUAAUGUCAGCAAAGGGGUGAAUCACUUGUUAAAAAGUCCCUUCAGUGUCCACCCUAAAACAGGUAGAAUUUCAGUUCCAAUUGAUGUAAAGAAGUUGGACAGUUUUGAUCCAUUUGCAGUCCCAACCAUAAGCGUGAUCUGCAGUGAGCUGGACAAUGUAAGCACACAGGAGGAGGACCAAGAUAGCCCCAAUGAGGGCGAGCCAGACGCUAAGCGACGAACUAGAGAUUAUAAAAGAACCAGCUUGGCUCCAUAUGUGAAAAUAUUUGAACAGUUUCUUGAUAAACUUGACCAGUCUCGGAAAGGACAAAUGUUGUUGAAGAGCGAUCUAAAGAAAGAGUUUUGAUCACGAAACCCUCACUUUAGUUGGCGCCUUUACGCUUCAGGAUGGCUGUAAUCAGAGUCAUGGAACUUUGGCUUCCCUCCAUUACUACAGACAUUGGAUGCAGUUUGUGAAGGGCCUCUUGCUGAACAAUUUUGACCUGAGUGAAAUGGCUGGACUUAUCAAAUAAAUUGUAUUAUAGUUUAGUAUAAUAUCAGUUCUCGAUCUCAUGAGUUGGUUGCGUCAAACAAAUGUAUAGAUUCAUCUAUACAAAAUAGGCUCAGUUUAAUAAUGCUCGCAAUUGUACAGCAAGCUCCUAUAACGUAAUGUUUUUCAAGAUGUUUUCUCUCCGAAUAUAAAACCAAUGCCCUGAUUUAUCAGGGCCGGGUGUGUUAGGCUGGUCUUGAUGGGGCCUUUGCCGCCAGAGCGAGCAUUUAAUUUAUGACAAGGCACGGACCUAGUCCUAAACGAUAUGCCUCUUCCGGCAGUACAUGUGCCAGUCUGAAAUCUUUGGCUGCUCGGAGCUGUCGUAGAUUUCAAUCAUUAUUUACCCCAAUUUCUGGCUUAAAUAAUGAUGAAUGUGCCAGGCCUGUUUUAAGAGACAUGACGUAAAAAUGCCAUUUGCAACUGGAAAGUCUGUGGCAUUUACCAAGUUGCAGACAAGUCACACAAAUGUUUUGGUCUCGUCUUUUCUGAGACUAGGUGGUUUAGGCUACACACAGUGUAUGUUUGGAGACUUAAGGUUUUUAUAGGAACAGUAUAAGAGAAAGAGGACAGUGGUUGGCUGCGGCAGGGCUGGACCAGCUCCACAGAGAACACUGCUGGUGAUGGGGGGGUCCCCAUGAUUUUUUUUUUUUUUUCUUUUUUUAAGCAGUUGCAGGCCUUGUCUGAGAUUUUUCGCCACUGUUGAGGUGAAAUAAACAAUCUUGCUCUUGUAUGGAGAUGCCCUGACUCUACGCAGACAGUAGAUGUCAAGGGAAUGAAGGAUUAGGCAUAUUCGAUUUCCCUAUGCCCAGCAUGCUUGUGUGUGUAUGGGGGAGUCAGGGAACCUAAUUAGAACAUAAUGUAGCUGUAGUUUUUUUGUACAAGUAUGCCAUUUGAGGCAAAAAUAAUAUGCACAUAAUACAUCUGUCCAUGUAUUCUGCCUCUCUAGCUACAGAUUGUGUAGUACAUUGCUCAGUGUGGUGCAUGCUGUAGGUUAACCUGAGCAUUUAGAAUGAAGGGAGGUAUAUUCUGCUGUUAAUAUCUAAUCUGUGCCAUUGUUUGUAUAGGAGGUCUCCCCCCUCCACACGCUGCCUGUGCCACCAUGUUGAGAUAAAAAAAAUAUAUAAUGUGCUAUGCUCGAUUUGGUGCUGAUUUUUACAGUAGAAAUCAAUGGAGCCUAAUAAAAUUGAUUUGUACAGAA